AUGUCAAACUGGCCCAAAGUCACAGACCAAAAUCCUCUUGGUCUGGAUGAUCCAUCAUUGCUCAUCCAGAAAGGUCUCAUUGAUGGUAAAUGGGUAGAUACCGAUUCUGGGAAGACCUUUGAAGUCCAAGACCCGGCAUCCGGCAAAGUGAUUGGUACUUGUCCCGACCAGACCGUAGCCGACACGAAAGCAGCCAUUGACGCUGCCUACAAAGCAUUCUCGACAUACAGGACAACCAGUCCAGCUCAACGACAAGCUUACCUCACUGAACUACACCGAUUAUACCAGGCUAGUAUCAAUGAUAUCACACGAUUGAUUGUAUGGGAAAAUGGAAAAUCAUGGAAUGACGCGUUCGCAGAAGCUACUUAUGCUGGAUCGUUCUUCUCUUGGUUUGCUGGAGAAGCUAUAAGAACCAACGGAGAAACUAUCCCUUGUUCUGUACCUGGAACAAGAAAUAUAACCAUCAAGCAACCUAUUGGAGUUGUAGCUUUACUUGUUCCAUGGAAUUUCCCAGCUGCUAUGAUUGCUAGAAAACUAGGUCCCGCUUUGGCAGUCGGUUGUACCAGUGUUGUCAAAGUUCCAAGUGAAACUCCGUUCACCACUUUAGCCAUCGUCGAACUCGCUCGAAGAGCAGGUGUACCAGAUGGAGUGAUCAACGUUAUCACAACAGAUUCCAACUUACAAGACGUCGGUAAAGAAUUAUGUACAAACCCUUUAGUACAUAAAGUAUCUUUCACAGGAUCAACAAGGGUCGGCAAAAUAUUAGCUGAACAAUGUACUUCGACACUCAAGAAAAUGUCAUUGGAACUAGGCGGAAAUGCACCUUUAAUCGUAUUUGACGAUGCGGAUUUACCAACUGCUGUGGCUGGAACAAUAGCUUCUAAAUUUAGAGGUUCAGGUCAAACCUGCGUUUGCGCAAACAGAAUUUACGUCCAAGAUGGAAUUUAUGAUAAAUUCGCCAAAGCAUUAGCUGAAAAGGUAGCCCAAUUCAAAGUUGGAUGUGGAUUUGAUGAAGGUGUAACUCAUGGUCCAUUGAUUCAUAUGAGACAGGCUGAUAAAGUCGAUGAGCACGUCCAAGAUGCUGUCUCCAAAGGCGCCAAAAUCCUAGUUGGCGGUAAAAGAGGCAAGGGAACGGAAUACAUACCAACUGUAUUAGCAGAUGUUUCAGACGACUGUCUUAUCACAACAGAAGAGACUUUUGGACCUGUUGCUGCCUUGUUCAGAUUCAAGACUGAAGAAGAAGUGAUUGCCAAAGCCAAUAACACUGAAGUUGGUCUUGCAGGUUAUUUCUUCUCUGAAGAUGUAGACAGGGUGUUCAGAGUAUCAGAAGCGUUGGAGACUGGUAUGGUCGGCGCCAACACCGGAAUGAUCAGUCAAGCUGUUAUCCCCUUCGGUGGUAUCAAAGAAUCAGGUUACGGUAAAGAAGGUGGACACCAAGGCACAGAAGAAUACAUGGUUACUAAAUUGAUUGCUAUCGGAUCCAGGAUCAAGCAAUGA